UCUUUGGCCAUGACCAUUUCCACUCCCGAGCUUCUUCGGGACGAUGUCACCAAUAAAUGAGCUUUGAAGCGCGGGAAGGCGGAGCCGGGGCUCGGCGCCGGGGCCAUAAAUACGAGGGUCCCAUGUCCGGGUGUUUUGGAGGCAGCGAGCACCGGCAGCGCUCGGAGCGAGCAGCGUUUGGUGUCCCGAGCAUCCCUGAGCAUCGCAGCGCGGCCGGGACAGCGCGGCAGAGCCUUUCCCCGUGCGGAGCAUGAGCCGAGCGGGCAGCGGGAGCCCCGGGAGCAGCCCCGGGGGCCGAGGGGCCGCGCUGGCGCUGGCGCUGUGCGCGCUGUGCGCGCUGCCCGCCGCCGUGUCCGCCUGUAGCUGCGCGCCCGCGCACCCGCAGCAGCUGCUGUGCGAUGCUGCGCUCGUGAUCCGAGCAAAAAUCUCCAGUGAAAAGGUGGUUCCUGCCAGUGAUGAUCCCCUUGAUAGCCACAAAAUGAUCCGGUAUGAAAUCAAACAAAUAAAGAUGUUUAAAGGCUUUGAAAAGCUCAAGGAUGUCCAGUAUGUCUACACCCCUUUUGAUUCAUCACUCUGUGGAGUGAAGCUAGAAGCCAACAACAAAAAACAGUACCUUCUAACAGGCCAAAUUUUAAGUGAUGGCAAAGUGCUGAUCCACUUGUGCAACUACAUUGAACCGUGGGAUGAUUUAUCCUUGUCUCAGAAGAAGAGCCUGAACCAGAGGUACCAGAUGGGCUGUGGCUGCAAGAUCACCACGUGCUACUCGGUGCCCUGCUCCAUCACGGCGCCCAACGAGUGCCUGUGGACGGACUGGCUGCUGGAGCGGCGGCUGCAGGGCCACCAGGCGCGCCACUACGCCUGCAUCCGCCGCAGCGACGGCACCUGCAGCUGGUACCGGGGCGGGCCGCCCCCCGAGAAGGAGUUCAUGGACAUCAGCGAGCCCUGAGCGCCCAACGUUCCCUAAAGCAGCGCCCUGGGAGGCUCCUUCCAUCCCACCGGCCUAGAAACGAGCGCCGCGUCCCCAAAGGGCCCGUGGGGCUGGCACCGCUGCAGGACGAGGGACAAGCCUCCUGCAGGCACCUGCUCUGCUCUGUUAUGCUUUGCACAGAGGGCUGGCAGCGUCCUCCAAGGCACAACAAAUCCCCUUCUUGCCAACAUGAAUGUACGAGAAUAAAUUUUGCCAGAAUUUUGCCAAUACGAAUGUUCAAGAACAAAUUUUGCCAGAAUUUUGCCGAUUUCGCCAAUACGAAUACUCAAGAAAAAAUUUUGCCAGAAUUUUGCUGAUACGAAUGUUCAAGAACAAAUUUUGCCAGAAUUUUGACAGAAUUUUGCCAAUAUAAGUGUUUAAGAACAAAUUUUGUGAGAAUUUUGUCAAUUUUGCUGAUAUAAAUGUUCAAGAACAAAUUUUGCCAGAAUUUUGUCAAUUUUGCUGAUAUAAAUGUUCAAGAACAAACUUUGCCAGAAUUUUGCCAAUAUAAAUGUUCAAGAACAAAUUUUGCCAGAAUUUUGCCAAUUUUGUCAAUACGAAUAUUCAAGAACAAAUUUUUCCAGAAUUUUGUCAAUUUUGCCAAUAUGAAUAUUCAGGAACAAAAGUUUUGCCAAUAUGAAUAUUCAAGAACAAUUUUUUUCAGAAUUUUGUCAAUUUUGCCAAUAUGAAUAUUCAAGAACAAAUUUUGCCGGAAUUUUGCCAAUUUUCCCAAUAGGAAUGCUCAAGAACAAAUUUUGCCAGAAUUUUGCCAAUGUGAAUGUUCAAGAACAAAUUUUGCCAGAAUUUUGCCCCCUGUUUUGAUCACCUGCAGGUUAAGAGCUCCCCGUGUUUUAUUCCAAAUCUUUCUGAUGAACUACAGAAUGUUUUAUAGAACUGGUUUUUUUUUCUGUAUGAAAGUCUUGGAUACAAAAGAAUUAUUGUACAGUGUAUAUGUAAAGUAUUAUAACAAUGUGCUAUUAAAAACAAAGAUUCACAAAUAUUUCCCUAUGUGUUGAAUCGAGUUGAACACUUCUGUGAUUAAAACAAUCUGUGCUCCACAUUUUGUACUUUCCUUAUGUCACAGCUUCCUUUAUCCGCAGAGUUGUUACUUCCAUUGAUAACUAAAUUAAGAAACAGCCUUGAUAAUCAAAACCCCCUUCCCAGGUCAGCAUUCCUAUGGACUAACCACACUUUGCUGAAGGAAAAGCCAGAGUUUUAGUCCAUGGGUUAAAGCAUUAAUCCGUGGAUUUAAGCUUUCCAUGGAACAAAUUCCAAGCCCAAAUCAUGACAGACUAAAACUGCUCAGAGCUACAAAAACCAUGUCCAUCUUCAGGGCAGCUGCAGCUCUUAAAACCUCCUUAAACACAUGACCAGUACUUGUACCCCAGCAUUGUUAAAACUUUAGAAUCUCACCUGAAAAUGCAUGCAAUAAAUAUUGCCUAACUCACACUGCAAUGAUUUCUGGAAGCUCUCAGAUGUUUGACCCUGUUUAAUAGGAUUUCAUUGUUUUUCUUUCAUGAACACCUACCAUACCCCGUCAGUGAGUUUGGCUACUUGUGAACUCAAACUAGAGAAGGGUUACAGCACAUUUUGCUGGUAACUUUUUUAGUGUCAUAACUUUCCUGAAUUGAUGACUGGAGUUAGUAACUAAUCCUUCACACACGUAUUUAAGUUUAUAAAAGUAAUUCAGUUCACAGUGGUGAAACUUAGGGAAGUGUAAAUGCCCAAGUCCAGACUAUUUGUGCCCCAGAAAAAAGGGGCAGAGCCCUCAGGCAGGAUGGGAGUCUCCAGUAGUUGCCUUUUCUGACAGAUUUUGCUAUCUAAAGGACAGGUUUGGAAAUGCUCUUCUAAAAAAGAUUUACUUUUUCUGUGACUAAGUUUACACAUUUCAAAUGAAACGCAAAUGGUGCAAGGCCAACAGGAAAAUGUGUCGUCAUCCUUUGAGGAAUAAGUAUCCCUUAAUACAUAAAAGCCAAUGUUUCACUUUUAAUUUACUAUAAAUCAGUCUGGCUCUUUUAAUUUACAACCCUAAAUUAAAACCAUAUCUAUGUGCUGCCAAAUGUAAAGCGCAGUUUGUUUUCUGCUCAAGACAAACCAAAAAUUUCCUAGGCACUAACAGUUUGGACUACAGACUUACAUAAAUGAAACAAAAAGGAAUAAAAAGUUACAUUUCUUCCAAAACAGAAUUGAUAUUGCAGUGACAGUUUUGGCAGAGCCAUGUACUGACAGUGCUGUGCAUUUAUAUUAUUAAUUUCCAGAAAGAUUCAAAGCUAGGCCUUAUUUCCUCAUGUCAGAUCAACCAAUACCUAGAGAAGCCCACAGAGCUUAAUAACCACAAAGGUUAAAAUUCAGUGGUUAAUAUUCAAUGGUUAAUAUUCAGUGGUUAAUAUUCAAUGAUUAAUAUUCAGUAGUUAAUAGUCAAUACCAGUCCUGUAGCAUUUGUCUCCAAAUCAUUUUGAUGGGAUGGUGCCUUUUGGAUAACAGCAAGCUUUUUUUCCUGCUUUUUAGCUCCCCAGAGCUCUGGUCCUAUUUUAGUUUUACAGUAAUUAGACCUGAACCCUCAACUCACCCAGCCCAGAUUGCCUUCUCUGGGCACCUUGCACAAAGAAAUGCUUUUUCUGAUAUUUAUGGACAGACUGUAAUACAAAUGAUUGCGUGCCACAAUUAGUUUUUAAAAAUUUCCUGCUUUUCCUGCUAUAAAAUAUCCCUCAUGAGGUAUUUCACAAUUUCUACUUUGAUUUCUGCCUGAGCUGAAAUCUGCCCAAACUCCCCACAAUGGAUGGUACAAAGAUUUUUUUCCCCUCAUAUCAAUAAAUGUGGCAAGGAAAGUUUUACAAAACCCACCUCAGAAUGAGAUUUUAUUUUCCCAGAAGAAGACUCUGCAAGAGCCUUGACUACAACGUGGCAUUCCAAAUAUGUUAUUUUAAUAUCAGGAUUUUUACUGUAGUGGCAUUGAUACCUUAUCAACAGCAGAUUCUUUUUACAACGAUUUUCUUUUUACUUCUUGAAACUGUGUUUGUGUUACAUGAGAGGGUGGAGCAGAAACACAGCCUGGCACAGCAUUUUAAUUUAAUUUGAAAAUGGCUCACAUGACUUUUGGUGAGAGUAGGGCAAAGAAGAGAGAAGGGAGUCUAUAUAGGUGAACAGAGAAAAAAAAAUCACCACCUGGGAUAUUGCUGGUGUUUCCUCAGCGUUCCAGAUAGGUUUUAAUUAAAUUGUUCAGCAAUUAUGUUGGAAAAGCUGUGUGGUUUUUGCAGAGAACAGAGGAGGUGGGAAUGCAGUGAAAUAAAGGGAACUAAUUACUGAGGGAAAGGCUGUAGGUAUGACUCAGCCAGCAAUGAGUUCAAAAGCCUCACAGCGUUUUGUGUGAUCAGUCUGGGAUGAAUGUUUCUGUUUCAAAAAGUGUUUCAUUAAAGCAGCUCUGU